CAUGACUUUCUAUAAAAAGUACACAAUGGCUUUUUUCACCUUGUGAGGCACCAGAAUCUCUUCCGCGCUAAGCGCAAGGAUAAUUUCCACUCCACAAAGGCAUUUGAGCAGAUGAGUUACCUAUUAAGCGUCGAAACGAUCUAAUAUGUAACAUAGAAAUGUCUGCUGAUUUGUUAUGUUACAACACAUAACAAACCAUACACAUGGGAAAUAUUAGUUAAUAUGAACAUUACAAUGGCUGACUAAGCGCCGCAGUUGGGUAAUUCAACUGACGUAGGUAGUUCAUUGUCUGUCGAUGAAAAUUCCGGUUCAAUGAAACAUAAACCUCUUUGAUCAAUAUAGCCGCAAUCGGAACUGCCAAUCCCAGCACGAAAACGACUAAGAAGCGAGUCACUUUUAUAGGUAUCAAUUUAUUAUGCACGCAGAACAUCGGUAUGUAGAAUACUCAUCGAUAACAUCGCAGCUACUACUCACCAACCUCAAACACGAAAAUGAACGACGCUGAAAUUGUACAGGUUACCCAAGAUCUCAAACACAACUUCUCCCUGGAUAACCGAUUUGUCUACCACGGCUACGUCGCCUCUGGAUCUUAUGGCAGUGCGCAUCGCAUACAGUAUAUAAACCAUGAGAGGGGUACUAGGGCCGAUUUCUUAAUUAAAGUCUCUUUCGGAUCGCUGGAUGCCCGCGGUUUCUUACGGGAUGAAAAGGAAUACCUUCAGCAAGUGCGUGGUGGAAUGCAUAUGGUACAAGUCAUCGAUUUGCAAGACCAUCCUCUAGCACCAGAUCGUUUUCGAUGGGAGUGGACGGCGUUAGAAUGGCUCCCGAAUGGCACGAUCGGCACUUUUGUUGCGAGGGCAAAGCUUCAUGGACUUCAGCGGCUACCAAACCGUUUACUCUGGAGAUUUUUCUUAUGCAUGAUUAGAAGCUGCUGUGGAUUGGCCUGGCCCAGGAAUCGACAAGACAACUUAGUAGAAAUCGAACUCCCCAUUGAAGGUGUUGAACCAGGAGGAUUGGCACAUAAUGACCUUCAUUCAGAGAAUGUCCUUCUUGGGGAUUUUGGUUACGGAGAACACAAUAUUUCACCAAUUCUUAAGAUCAUUGACUUUGGCUUAACGUCAGAGUACGAACCUGGAGAAAGGGAAGCGGCUAAAAACACAAACCUCUUCGAAUUGGGAAUGCUGAUGAUUAUGUUGAUUACCUUGGAAUAUCACUUUCGAAUGGAGAUGGACCCUGUUUGGAUGACUCAUGACAACGAGGAUAUAGAGACUUACGCCGCUUCAAUCCUUCCACGCGAAGAUGACAUGCCGCGUCCAUUCCCGUGGCUUGACCCAUGGUUGGCGACCAUCAUCGGUCUAUGUUUGGCAACGGAAGUCAAUAUCCAUCAGAUACCGUCCUUGGAACAGUUGAGCACUUGGGUAUCGAUCGCUGUACUUGAGAGAACCACAGCGUUCUAUCACGACUUCAAUGAAAGCGACGCUGUUAUAAGAGAGAUUUGCGAGAAAAUUGUCCUAAACCCGCCAUGAUAGGGAUGUUUUAAUUGACAUAUUAUUUAC